CCCCAACAAUCCCCCGCCCGCCCUGCUCCACCCAUCAACAGCUGUGCGGGUCGACAUGUCCAAUCCUGUUACGCGGGCGCUGUAGUCAACGGUCUGACGACAAAUGAACGUCACGUGGACAACGUAACAAAAAAGGCCCCAAGGUUGUGUCCUCUCUCCACUGCUCUUCUCUCUCUACACGAACGACUGCACCUCAGCGCACCCGACUGUCAAACUCCUGAAGUUUGCAGACGACGCCACUGUCAUCGGCCUCAUUGAGGACGGUGACGAGUCUGCAUAUCGACAGGAAGCGGCGCUGCGGUGCGGCCGACGCAACCUAGAGCUGAACACGCUCGAGACUGUAGAGAUGAUCGUGGACUUCAGGAGGCAUCCUUCGACACAGCUGCCCCUCACGCUGUCCAGCUGCCUUGUGUCAACCGUCGAGAUCUUCAAGUUCCUGGGAAUUACAGUCUCUCAGGACCUGAAGUGGGCGAUCAACAUCAAGUCCGUCCUCAAAAAGGCCCAGCAGAGGAUGUACUUCCUGCGGCUUCUGAGGAAGCACGGCCUGCCACCGGAGCUGCUGACGCAGUUCUACACAGCGGUCAUCGAAUCAGUCCUGUGUUCUUCCAUCAAAGUCUGGUUUGGUGCUGCUACAAAAAAGGACAAACCCCGACUGCGACGGACAAUCAAAACUGCUGAAAGGAUUGUCGGUACCCCCCUACCCACCCUCGAGGACUUGCACACUGCCAGAACUAAGACAAGAGCGUGCAAAAUCCUCUCGGACCCUCCGCAUCCCGGUCACCGGCUCUUCGGCUCCUUCCCUCAGGACGUCACAAGCCGAGCCGCCACUCCAAACGCCAGCGAAGUCGCGGCGGACUCGAGCGAGCCGCUCGACUCGGCUUCGGAGCGAGGCGGAUCGACGACCCCGCCGGCGCGCUCGCCCGAGGGGAACCGCCAGCCAGCGGCGGGAGGAGAAGCAGGAAGUCGCUUCUUGAAGAAGCAGCCGUUUCCGCUCGGCAGCAAAUCGGCCGAGACGUCACUCGUGGACGGCAGUCAGGGGACGACUCGCUUCCUCGGGAAAAAGACAACGGGGUCUCCGGAGGAUCCCGGGCGGGAAUCCGGGCCCAAACCCGCCGAGGCGUCCCUGCUCGAAUGGAGCGAAAGUGUGGACAGCGAUGAAGAGGAGGUGAUGAAGCUCUUGGGAGACCACAACUCGACGAGGUCUUCGUCGAGGAGCAGAACGAGCCUGCCCCGGGGCCGACGACGUACUCGGCUCGACAGAAAUCCAGCGACGAGUGAACCGACGGCCUUUUUCCAGACGUUCGGCCGAAGAAGUCAGAGGUCGGGCUCUCCUCCGCCUCGCCGGCCCUCCGGGGAUGGCCCCCCCUCGUCCCGCUGCGGCCGCGGUAGCCCCCUGCCCGAGAAGGGAGGCCCCUCGCCGUCACGCUCUUCCGCGUCGGCCCCGGAGGAGCUUCUCACGCUGGAAGAACUUUUCCCGCUUCGAUCUGACGCCAGCGAGGCCAGCCAGGUGUCCUCGCACUUGGACUUCCAGCUGAAUGUGAAGUCAUUGGACGAUGUCGGCUCCGCCCCCUCCGGAGACUCAAGCGGCGGCGCGGCGGCGCAGGCGGCGCCCGGCGAGCGCGAGGUCUCGGUCCAGGGGGUCGACUACGAGAGCGACUUUGAGAGCGGCGGCGGGACGGACGCCGACUGCGGCGGACAGGUGUCGGAACACCUGCCGGGGGAUGACGAGGAAGGGGUCGCGUCGUCGAUGCUUUCGUCCGAGGCGAGGACAGACAGCGAGGACGUGAGCGCCCCUACGACGUCGUUGCACAGUCUCACGGCGCGCGCCGGAUCUCUCAGCCGCGCGCCCUCGCAGCCCGCAGCCCGUUUAAAUGACGCGGCGGCGCAGACGGACGCCGACGUGUGGUGGACGCGGGCCGGGGGUCCCGGCGGUGCGGCGGACGCGUUGGCGCUGACUGAGUUGGCGAAGCGGCGGCUGGCCGUCGCGCGCCGCACGGCCCGAAGCGGCCGCGGGAAACGCGACGCCGUCGUGCGCGGCCUCGGCCCGCCCGCCUACACGUACGCCACGCUGAGGCGCACCUUGGAGGUAGUUGCGGGCACACAUUUACUGGCACAAUCUCUCACGCACAUGCACCCGCUCUCUCGUUCAAUCUCACAUUUAACUUACUGUCACACAGUCUCUCCCACGCCUUUACUCACACUCAAUCGCAGACUGUCUCGUCCGCUCUCGCAGAUCAUCCGGCAACAAACGCGGAGGCUCCAAUAUUUUUGCAUUGUGCGACGGCGCGCUUGGCAACCGUCGUUAGCGACUCCUGAUCAUCGAGGUCGUUUUGCCGUCUGUCGUGCGGUGGCGAUAUCGAACACCGCCGGCGCUUCGGCUCCGAUUUCGUUUCCACGUCUGUCGUUGGUUGCAAGCAGCAGCAGACGGCAUCGAAACGGACGGCGGCGGAUCUAAUCUCAGCUGUAGAAUCGUGAGACUGGCUUCAAGUGUACCGAUUUGAUUCCUUUUGUACACAGACUUGCUUGCGUGUCGCUAACGUGAUGAUGUCCGAGUAUUAAAGUCGCAGGGAAGCGCUUUUUGUUGUUUUUCCUAAACGCAGUCAAUAUGUUUCAAGGUCAUUGUAAAAACAUGCAAAGACCGAGAACAAUAUUGUACUGCGUCGCGGAGGGGAAAUUGCUCGGAGACUGCCUCUCCGCAGCCCGCGAAUUGGGAAUUCUCUUCUCCCGCUCAGGACCCGUGAGAGGGGAGGCACUUGUUCCGGGGGGGGCGGGGUUUUCAGAGUAUUCGGUGACACCCCCGCAGCAGCCGCGAGCUGAAAGAAUGUCUCCCUUCUUCGUUUGGAAGCCCGAUUUCACAUACUUUUAAUUCUUUCAUUUAUUUUUCCAGUUGACAUUUUUUCUGUGGUGUGACAUUUACAAAACGUUUUUUUUUUUUUUUUUUUUGCAUCAUACGUGGGACUUUAAAUCUUUGUGUCUUCAACGUGAUGUCAAGUGACUUUCGGCUCAAUAGUUUAAUAAAUAAUGGUGCACCUGCCACCCAUCGAAUGUGAAAUUGCAAAAAUGCUCUGGAAUAAAUUGUGAAAUGCGCAAUCAAGGACGAAUGUGAAACCUCAUUAGGAAUUCUAUUUGAGGAAUGGGAAUAGUUUCCAUUGAAGUUUCAAUGCUUUCAAGAAAUGUGGAAGUUGGAGGUAAAUACAAAUUUGUAAAAAUGUAGGAAUUUGAGUGUGGUGUGGACCCUCAAGAUUACCCCAAGAGAACAGCAAUGACUCAUUCAGGAAGCCGCAAAGGAACUCAGGACAACUUGGAAAGAACUGCAGGCCUCCCUUGCCUCACUUAAGGUCAGAGUUCAGACACAACAAUAAGGACGAGACUGCAGGGCAAAAAUGGCCACCAGGGCAGAGUUCCGAGGACAAAACCAUUGCUGACCAAAAAGAACAUAGAGGCUCGUCUUACUUUUGCAAAAACAUUGAAUGAUUCCCAAGACUUUUGGAAGAAUAUUAUAUGGAGUGACGAGAUGAAAGUUGAUCUUUUUGGAAGCUGUGUCUCUCGUUACAUCUGGCGUAAAUGUAGCACAGCCUUUCAGAAAAAGAACAUCAUACGAACAGUGAAACACGGUGGUGGUAGUAUGAUGGUCUUGGGCUGCUUUGAUACUUCAGAACCUGGACAACUUGCUGUGAUUGAUGGAACCAUGAAUUCUGCUCUUGACCAGAAAAUCCUGAAGGUGAAUGUUCAGCCAUCAGUUUGUGACCUCAAGGUGAAGCGCACUCGGGUUCUGCAGCAGAAUAACGAACUAAAACACACCAGCAAGUCAACUUCUCAAUGGCUUAAACAAACAAAAUGAAGGUUUUGGAGUGGCCUAGUCAAAGUCCAGACUUGAAUCCGAUUGAAAUGCAGUGGCAUGACCUUCAAAAGGCCGUUCAUGCUCGAAACCCUCCAUUUUUGCUGAAUUCAAACAAACAAGAAGAGUGGGCCAAAAUAUCUCCACAGAGAUGGGAAAGACUUAGUGGUGUGAAAGACUCAUUGGCAGUUGUAGGAGACGCUUGAUUUCAGUUGUUGCUGCUGAGGAUGGCCCAACCUGUUCUUGUGUUUCGGGUGCCAUUACUUUUUCACAUACGGCCAGGUAACUUGGAAUCGGUUUUUUCCCUGAACAUUUUAAAACAGGAUUUGAAGUUCACUUGGCUUGAUCUUAAAGAAUAAAGUGGGGAAACUGCAAAAAUAUCUGAAUUUGAGAAGCGGGCCAAUAAUUUUUCACGGCAAAGAAAUGGACUUCUGUACAGUAACUAAGUACUUCAUUUCCAAGUAUUUGUACUUCAAUACUUACAACCACUGAGCGCAACAGCGAGUGUGUGUACAGACCCAUAUUCCGACGGCCAUGACCAGGAGCAGGUAGACGACCACCACCACGAUGUCGGCCGUCUCCAUGGCAACUGGACUGGCCGGCAUCGCCGUGGUAACGGCUAGGAUGGUGUCUGCAAGAGCCAAGGUCAACUUGAAGCAAUGACACGUCCGGCUGGCGUUUUCAAGUCACUCAGUCGGCACUUGUUGCUCCGCUCGCCGUGACGUGGAGUUCUGCUCAAGUCGGCAAUAUUAAACGACCGUUUUGUUUUGUUUAUUAACAUGGACUCUGCAUCAGAUUCUCACCAAUGAUAACAACAUUAACAAUCAUCUUAUCACAACAUAUCAUGAAUGGAUGAAUGAAUAAAGGAAUUAAUAAGUCAACCAAUAAAUGGAUGAACAUAUAAAAGAGUGAAUGGAUCAAUGCUGUGAUUUUCAGGCUCCCUCUAUUGUUAUGCUAAUGAAUCACUGAAUGAAAUACUCUACAUAUAACGCAUACAGCCAGCUUAAACUGUUUACUUUUUAUACAUCCAGUACAGUACUUUUUUUUUUUUUUUUUUUACUUCAAGGACAAUACAGUAUAUUUUUAGAACAGUUCAGUUGUAAUAAAUUGGCCUGUUUGACAAAUUGUAUUGACGUCCAUUUAAAUUUGACCUGCAAUACAUUUUAAAAAAUCAUUUAAGUAAUUUUUGAAAAUUUUCCUAUUUUUAAACAGUUUCAAUGUUUAAACUGUGCAUAAUGUUACAGUAGCUUACAAUUAUAAAUCUACUUCUCGGGAAUACAA